GUUCCCUAAAAUUUAGUUACAGUGCUGUGCAACUUCUUAUUUAGACAGACACGGACACAGAUUGCUCAGAGUACGGAGUCCUGUUUGUCAGCUUGGUACAAUGAGGAAAACUGAAGAUCGGAGGGUGAACUCAGGGGACUCUUCUGAUGAUAAUACGUAUGUCAAUCUGCAAGAUUUUAAAGCACAGAAGAUAGAGAACCAUCCAAACCAUGAAGGGGCUCCAGCUGCCAAGAAUACCCACAAUAAAAUGAUACUGAUACUGAUGGUUUUCCUAAUCUUGAUGUUCCUUAUUUUGGCUGUCUUAACAAGUCUUCUGUUUAUUAAAUAUAUAACCAUUACAGAGGAAUUGUCACAAAUGAAAAACAACGCCACUUCAGUUGACAGAUGUACUUUAGAACUUCAGAGAGAUGUAGAGAGCUUAAAAACACAAACCACUUCAGUUGACAGACGUACUUUAGAACUUCAGAGAGAUGUAGAGAGCGUAAAAACACAAAGGCCCUCAUGUGAGAAUGGUUGGCUGGAAUUUGAAGACCAUUGUUAUUUCUUCUCUAAUUUUGAACUAAAUUGGACAAACGCUGAGAAGAUGUGUCUGAACAGAGAAAGUCAUCUGGUUAUAGUAAACAAUGAAGCAGAGCAGAAAUUCUUACUGAAGGGAAAUAAAAAAAGAAAUACUUGGAUUGGUCUGACAGAUGAGGGCAAUGAAAAAAAAUUUCAGUGGAUUGAUGGCACCAAGUUAUUAUUCACAUAUUGGAAAAAUGGAGAACCAAAUGGUGGAACCAAAGAGAACUGUGUUAAUCUAUAUAUUGAAGAAAGAUGGAAUGAUUAUGCCUGUAACCUCAAUAGUUAUGCCAUCUGUGAGAAGAGACUGAUAUGAUAUUUACUUCCUCUCUGUGGAAUACUCUCACCUCCGGGACUCUGGAGAUAUAUCCUACACAAUUUGUUGGUCCUUUCCAAUGUUAUCCAUGGCUGCAUGUACAAUUUGAAGAAUUUCGACAUAGUCAUAACCAUGUAUGAUAGUUCAAUGUUCCAAACCAUGGACUUAUGAAAUGUCUUUAUAUAUAAUUUAUGUUUUACCAC